GUCAAGUGGGAACUGGGCACUAACAUUAACGCCGACAGUAUGGCGGUGCCACUGGGCGAGGGGUGUGAUGCACGCCAUGCUGCGCCGUUUCUUUUUUUAUCUCGUUCUUGUCUAUGGUCCUGUGCCUCUGCUGAUCACGUACAUGCUGCUCUGCAUUAGUAGCCGUUGCCCGCACGCCUCCUCCGUGAUAGCCUUAUCCACCAUUUGGUUUAGCCAAGAUCCAUUGGUCUCUGGGGGAUCGCUAAUGGCACCUCUAUCCAGAAGCCAUGGCGGCCGUGAUAUGAGCCGAAGGUCGAAGCAUGUUGGUGGCGUCAGGCAACAAUUAAAUAGCCCUGGUGCGCCAAAAGCCCAGUCCAGCCGUCAUCUCGUCCAACAUAUCACAUCGAUCACAUUCUCGUCACUGAAGCAGCCCCCGUCCACCCAUAAUAGUUGGUAAUCCUACGCUAGUCAGCCUGGCUGCUCCCACGGCGUCAGUCUGAUGGCCCGCCUUGCAACGACGACCUGCUCGUUUUGGAACAACCUGCUCGGCAGACCAGUCACACAUCCGAUGCAACAGUGACUUGAGAAGCAUCGGGUAUUAUACGUCUGCCUUCCCCGGUGUAUCGCUCGACCGAGAAUCCGAUGCAACCUUUUGGUAUGGUUGUCCAUCCCAUUUCGUUUGAGGCACGCCAACGACGACUACUUCGGCUAGCAGCAAGCUAGCAGCAAGAAGACUGCGCCCACCAGCCUCGGAUGCUGUUGACUGACUCGUUCUGUGUCAACUGUCGGCCCGUCGCUUUCUAUUUUUGCGAGCUCUCUGACAGACUCUGAGCAAAGACCUUCACAUUUGUCUUCUCUAACUUAGAUAUGAGCUGCCUUGAUUCUCAUGAUUGGUAGUUUGGCGUAACUGAGAUAAGAGGCAUGCUGUGUCACAGCCAAUAGGGUUUCCUUGCUCUGUCGUAGCCUCAGGGGGAGCAAAAUAGGCGACGGGACAGCAAAGGCCCUGAACGGGGCUUUCUGAGUGAUAAACUAGGAGGACGAUCUGUUAGCGGCACGGAAGAAUGUAAUCCUGGCAACCAAAAAAAAAAAAAAAAAUAGAAAUUGCAACGUCAAGGUUGUAUCCACACCGGAAUACAAGCGGUUAGAACGUGAGGUGCUUUGAGUAGCCAACCUUCAGCGCAGUGUCAAAGUGUCAAGUGGCCUUAGCCAGUAAGAAACGCUAGCCAGAGCAGCGUGCCCAUCUGUUGGCACCAAAGGUGGACUGGAAACCUUUGGUGAGAGGCAAGCACCACAACCUGCCCCACCAUAAGCUCGUCAGUGCUUGGAGGGGCAGAGAAGCCCAAAGCAGCCAAACAGCUCCGCGACCGGUGUUCAGGCAUCGAGUCAUUAAAAAAAAGUCGCCAGCACAGCGGCAUCACCACUUUGUCUUGAGAAAUCAACAACCAGAGUCACGACACCACUGUACACCGCCGAUUUGUACCCUAAUCUGGUCGUUAUAUUCAUAUCGCAAUUGAACUCUUGAACAGCAAUCAUGGAUCUCGUCAACCACCUUGAAGGGCGCCUCCUUUUCGCCGUUCCCAAGAAGGGACGUUUGAACCAGGCCGCACUAAACCUCCUUGAAGGCGCCGACAUCCAAUUCCGCCGCGAAAACCGCCUCGAUAUCGCCCUCGUGAAGAAUCUGCCUCUCGCUCUCGUUUUCCUCCCUGCUGCCGACAUUCCCACAUUUGUUGGUCAGGGUCGUGUCGAUCUAGGUAUCACUGGCUGGGACCAGGUUCAGGAACAUGCUGCUGGUGUGAACCGCCAGGGUAACUCCAGUGGAAACGCUGCCGGCUGCGAAACUGUCAUGGAUCUUGAGUUUGGAGCUUGCAAGCUUCAGGUACAAGUUCCUGACAAGGGAAAAUAUGCUACCACGUCAGAUUUGGUGGGCCUUACGAUUGGAACCUCGUUCCCUAACUUGGCUCUGCAGCACUUUGCCAAGAUUGAGGCUGGUGUUGACCCCAAGAGCGAGGCUGCGCUCCCCGUUGAUAACAUCCGCACUAAGGUCAUCGAACUUAGUGGUAGUGUCGAGGCAGCGUGCGCCCUCGGCGUUGCGGAUGGCAUCGUCGAUUUAGUCGAAUCCGGUGAAACCAUGAGAGCCGCUGGUCUCAAAGCCAUUGAUACUGUUGUCGAGUCUAGCGCGAUCCUGAUCAAGUCGAAGAACCCUUCCAACGCCGAGCUUGUCGACCUCAUCGCUGCCCGUAUCCGCGGUGUCAUCACAGCACAACGCUAUGUACUUUGCCAAUACAAUAUUGAGCGCUCAAAACUCCCCGAUGCCACCAAGAUUACGCCCGGAAAGCGUGCUCCUACCGUCACUACGCUUGACGCUGAUGGCUGGGUCGCGGUCAGCUCUAUGGUAGAGAAGAAGAAGCUGGCAGUCGUCAUGGAUGAUCUUACCAAGGUCGGCGCCCACGACAUUCUAGUAUUGGACAUCCACAACACCCGAUAAACGGGAUUGUUCUUAAUUAUGGGAACGUGCGAUAGACCAUCUGGAAAUGGGAGGAGGAUUACAGCUGGAGAAAUGGAGUUAAUGUACAUAGGUUAUCAGGUGUUAGAUCCUGAUGAAAAAUUGAAACAAAUAAACGACAUGAAAAUUG